CACAGACCAUUCUUUGUAGAUUAUUAUAUCAAGGGUUCAGCUUUUGGCUCAUCAAAGCUAAAUGCCGCAAGACCUAUCUAGUUGCUGUGAAUUAUGCCAAGACGACAAUGGAGUGCUUUUUUAAUGGUACAAUGCAUUUCACCUACCAGAUAGGGGGAGUCCACGCUGAGAGAUGGGGAUGUCUUGUGAUGUUGGGUGAUCAGUAUCAAUGAAGGGGGUUAUUCUGAAAAGAGACAGAUUAAAAUAAAGCGCUCUUUGCUCGGGAUGUGCUGGAAGCAGUUGGGAGGGCUACCCGGAGCGGGCGGCCGCGGCAGCCCCGCGCCGCACUUUUCCCCCUCCGCACAAGAAAAUGAUCAAGUCAAUCAUGUGGACAUGCUUCAUUAUUCAUUGAACACAAUCUUUUACAACGCUCCGUUUACGUGCGGGAGUUUCUUCUACGCUUUGCUUUAAAUUUUAAGGUUUUAUUUUUACAGUUGUGACCUUCAGUACCUAUCCUGUGUCUUUUAAGAAUUUCCUCAUCCAGGGAACAGAUUCGUUGGCUUAAGAAUAACUGAGGAGGAUCUACAAGAGCUUUUGUCAUCCAUCGAUUGAAGAAUUAAACCUUGCCACACUCCAGCCAGCCAGAUGGAGAAACCAAGGCAAAGAGGUUAAAGGAUCUCUCCUGAGCCACAGAGUGUGUUGAUGUCUGUUCCCACAUGUGCACAGACUGCUAGACUUCACUGCCCUGGCUGCAGCAGGGAAGUGGGACGCCCCUUUGGCAAUCUGUCAGUGCCAACCUGAGCCGCAUCCUUUCACUGGGUUUUUUUCUAAGCUGACUGACAGUCCUUAAAACAAGUAUGCAGUUAAGCUGCUAAGAGAUGGAAGAAGCUAGUUUGUGCCUUGGUGUUUCUUCAGCUGUGUCAGAAGCUGACGCCCAUCUCAACAGCACCAUACUCAAUGGGCAAUAUUCAAUGAGUCAGAAGCUGCACCAGAUCACUUCCCAGCUCAGCCAUGCCUUCCCAGAGCUCCAGAACAGGCAGAAUCCGGAGGAGAAGGCAUCAGUGCCGCUAGAAGACAAAAGCCACAUGUCCAUAGCAAACCAGCCCAUCAGCAGUCAGAUGGCCCUGUUGGCAAACCAGCUCAAUAGAGAGGUGGAUACCAGUUUGAAUGGGCGUGUGGAUCUGCAGCAGUUUUUAAAUGGACAGAACCUGGGGAUUAUGUCUCAGAUGAGCGACAUAGAGGAUGAUGCCAGGAAAAACAGAAAGUACCCGUGUCCCCUCUGUGGGAAACGCUUUCGAUUUAACAGCAUCCUGUCACUACACAUGCGAACUCAUACUGGAGAGAAACCAUUUAAGUGUCCCUACUGUGACCACAGAGCAGCUCAGAAAGGCAACCUGAAGAUACACCUGCGUACUCAUAAGCUUGGAAACCUCGGCAAAGGUCGUGGAAGAGUCCGAGAAGAAAACAGACUUUUACACGAACUGGAGGAGAGAGCAAUUCUUCGGGACAAACAGAUGAAGAGCAGCCUCUUGCAGCCACGACCUGAUGUGAAGGCACAGCAGCACACCCAGCCAAUGCCGCUCGCAAACUGUAACUUGUCUGUGCCGCCUAAUCACAGCACACCUGAUAUUUCAAACCCUGUUCCCUCUCCAAAGCCAGUCAGUGUCCAGGAAGAAGUUGUUGCUCAGACAGCUGGGUUCAGAUGCACAUUUUGCAAAGGCAAGUUUAAGAAGAGAGAAGAGCUGGACAGGCACAUAAGGAUCCUGCACAAGCCUUACAAGUGCACUCUGUGUGACUUUGCCGCCUCGCAGGAGGAGGAGCUGAUUAGCCACGUGGAGAAGGCUCACAUAACUGCAGAGUCAGCGCAGGGCCAGGGCUCCAACGGGAAUGGGGAGCAAUCCACCAAUGAGUUUCGCUGCGAGGUGUGUGGCCAAGUGUUUAGCCAAGCCUGGUUCCUAAAAGGCCACAUGAGAAAACACAAGGAUUCCUUUGAACACUGCUGUCAGAUCUGUGGGAGGCGAUUCAAAGAGCCUUGGUUUCUUAAAAAUCACAUGAAAGUUCACCUGAAUAAGUUAUCUGUAAAGAACAAAUCUCCUAAUGAUCCCGAAGUACCUGUCUCCAUCAGCAGCAUGUCCCAGGAAGCUCAUGCAAACUUGUAUUCAAGAUAUCUGUCAUGUUUGCAGAGUGGGUUUCUUCCUCCUGACAAAGCAAGUUUAAGUGAACAAAAUCAAAUCUAUAACAAAGGAGACAUGCCCAUGAAAGAGAAAGAAGUUUUGGGGAAGCUCCUUUCACCCAUUUCUGGUAUUGGCCACAGUAUUGCUGAAGGGGAUAAACAUUCUUUAUUGGGCUGUCUCAAUCUGGUGCCUCCUCUGAAAUCCAGCUGUAUAGAAAGGUUACAAGCUGCCGCCAAAGCAGCAGAGAUGGAUCCAGUAAACAGCUAUCAGGCCUGGCAGCUUAUGGCAAGGGGAAUGGCCAUGGAACAUGGCUUUUUGUCUAAAGAGCAGCAGAUACAGCGCAGCCACGAAGACACUUUGGCAAAUGCUGGAGUUAUGUUUGAUAAGGAGAAGCGGGAGUAUGUGUUAGUAGGAGCAGAUGGCUCUAAGCAGAAAAUGCCUGCUGAUUUGGUUCACAGCACUAAAAUGGGCAAUCAGAGAGACUUGCCAAACAAACUAGACCCUUUAGAAGGCAGUAGAGAUUUUUUGUCACAUGGUAUGAACCAGGGACUCGAUUACAACUUACAAAGUCAUGGAAACGUAAAAGAAAAGCCAACUGAAUGCCCGGACUGCGGAAGGGUUUUUAGAACAUACCACCAAGUGGUCGUUCACUCCAGGGUCCACAAAAGAGACAGGAAAGGAGACGAUGAAAUAAUUCAAGGUAGUCUCGAUGAGCGACGUGGGUCUGGCAGUGAUCAAGAGUCUCAGUCUGUCAGCAGGUCGACAACACCAGGGUCCUCUAACAUUACUGAAGAAAGCGGAGUAGGUGGGGGUCUCUCGCAGACGGGGAGUGCCCAGGAGGACAGCCCACAUCCUUCCUCACCCUCCUCUUCAGACAUUGGAGAAGAAGCUGGGAGAUCUGUAGGAGUCCAGCAGCCAGCUUUACUGAGAGACAGGAGCCUUGGUUCUGCCAUGAAAGACUGCCCAUAUUGUGGAAAAACUUUCAGAACAUCCCAUCACUUAAAGGUCCACUUGAGAAUACACACAGGUGAGAAGCCUUACAAGUGUCCACAUUGUGAUUAUGCUGGUACUCAGUCUGCAUCCCUCAAAUACCACUUGGAACGACACCAUCGGGAGCGACAGAAUGGAGCAGGACCACUCUCUGGGCAGAGCGCAGGUCAAGAGCACAAAGAUGAGACAUCAAGUAAAAGUUCUGUGUUUAUUAGGCCAGAUAUUUUGAGAGGAGCCUUCAAGGGACUUCCUGGUAUCGAUUUCCGAAGUGGCAUGGUCUCGCAGCAGUGGACGUCAGGAAUGCUGUCUUCUGGAGAUCAGCAAGGACAAGCAGCUAGCAUGUCAUCUGAAGUAUCUUCAGAAAAUAUGAAAGGGUCAGACAUAUCUUCCAAAGGAACACACUUCUCUGAACUUGGCCGUGCUUACCAGAACAUGGUUGGGAACGGUGUGAACUUUCAAGGGUCUUUGCAAGCUUUCAUGGACAGCUUUGUCCUAAGUUCUUUGAAGAAAGAAAAAGGAAUGAAGGAUAAAGCUCUCUCAGAUCCGCUUUCAGCAAAAGCUCUGGGCUCAGAUGGUGGUGAGGAAAAGAUAAACAGCAAGUCCUCACAGCGAAAAACAGAAAAGUCCCAAUACGAACCUCUGGACUUGUCCGUAAGGCCAGACGCAGCCUCCCUGCCGGGGUCAUCUGUUACUGUGCAGGACAAUAUUGCUUGGCAUGGCUGCUUGUUUUGUUCCUUUACCACUUCAUCUAUGGAACUAAUGGCUCUGCACCUCCAGGCCAAUCACUUGGGCAAGGCUAAACGUAAAGACAACAUCAUAGGCAACAACAAAGACCAGUCUAGGGAGACUUCAGCCUCGGUGAAUAAAGUGAGCUUGCUCCCCUCUUCUGUGCAGUCCAGCAAGGAGGCAGGAGUUUCAAACAUGCUGAGCCAGCUGGACUCAGCUUCUGAGAAAAUGACCCAAGGACAAAGUAAAGAGACCCUGGGAGAGCAAAAGAGCACUGCCUGGCCCAGCCACAUGGAAUCCACUUUUUGUAAUUUUACAACAGACUUCUAUAAGCAGUUUGGUGUUUAUCCUGGUGUUAUUGGCACGGGAACACAAAAUUCUUGCACCAGUAAUGAAUCCGAAAUCAAAACACAAUCUGAAGAUGACCCAAAUAUUCUGCUCUCUGACUCUGUAAAUAAAAGUGCUACUGAUGACCUUUCUGACAUAGCUUCAUCUGAGGAUAUGGAAUCUUCCAAGGAAGAAAACAUUGAAGAUGAGGACAUUGACACAGAACCAGAUAUUAUGAAUAAGCAGUUGUCUGCCCUAAAUAAAGAAAGCAGUGAAGGAGGCGACAAUAUACAAAGUGGAGUCACCUCACAACCAACACAAGGGCUCAUAUCACCACUGCCACAAGCUUCAGAAAAGCAGUGGCACAGUCAGAAUCUUCUCUCCUCACAUGAAACUGCACAAGGAGUGAUGAAACCCGAACAAGUUCAGGGUCCGCAGGUCCUGGAGAAGCAGAUGAACAUGUUGUCAGUCCUAAGAGCUUACAGCUCUGAUGGCUUAGCAGCCUUUAAUGGACUUGCAAGUAGCACAGCAACUAGUGGAUGUAUCAAGAGACCUGACUUGUGUGGUCACCGGCCUUUCCAGUGCAGAUACUGCCCAUACAGUGCCUCUCAGAAGGGAAACCUGAAGACCCACGUUCUCUGUGUCCAUCGCAUGCCUUUCGACAACAGCCAGUAUCCCGACCGCAGGUUCAAGCGCUCCAGGGUUGACUCCGAAGCUUCUGGGAAUUUGGAGGAACCUGCAGCUGUCAAGCCGGGGAGCUCGGCAGAGCUAACGGAGGAGGGCAGCAAGGCCCAGGAGUGACACUGCUCGGCGGGUCCCUCUCCGUCCUGCAGUAGCCUUUCACACCAGGUUUAGAUUCGUGUUUGGGUGAGAGCUGGCUUAAAACACCUUCCAAGGGAAGGGGUGACAAGUUCCCAGAAGUGUACAGGAUGCUGAAAACAUUUAAGUAUAUGUAUAUGUACAUGGACACACGGACAUAUAUAUAUAUUUACGGACACACGGAGAGAUUCAGUCACACACACACUGAAUAUAUAUCUACAUACACACACACACACACACAAAAUACACACAUUCCAUAUGUGUGUGUGUGUGUAAAUAUAUAUAUUACACACAGAAAAUAAAUUUUCCAGCCCUUGAAAAUGGCUGCUAAACAGUUACCUGGCAACAAGUACUUCCAAACAACGUAGGUGGGUUAAUAAAGUGAUUUAAAAAUGUUGAGAGGUCGUUAGUUAUUUAAAAAGCAGGGCAAUAUCAAACUUAAAAGUGGUCUUUGUCCAAAAAUAAUGCUCUUAACAGAAAAAUGAUACCCUCUAAAUGAUUUAGUGUUGCCUUGAAGAUUGAGGGGCUGUGUUUUCAUUGUUGAAAACACCUUUAUAAUAUGACACCAGCUGCUGUCAUUUGCCUAGCAUAGUAAUGAGAUGUCUUGGUAGACUGCCAUGGUGCCAGUCUGACUGGAGCUGUCAUUGCAGAGAAAAUCAAUUCAAGUGGUGUUGCAACUGCAGUGUAGGAGAAACCUUAGACGGCCCAUAAGCUGGGGUCAGUACUGACCUAUAUUGAAAAGUAUUGUGAUAUUACAUUUUCUUUUUUUUUUUUUUUUAAUAUACAGCCAAAUGAAUCAAUGGUUAGAAAAAAAAAAUCUGCGGCCUGAUGUGUGAUUGCAGAUUUGAAAUGUAAUUCCAUUUUUUGUAAUCAUCUUGCAGUAUUGAGGGAAAUGCUUUUAUUCUUUUUUUUUUUUCCUUGUUGAUGAAGAAGUAAGUUGCUAUAAAAGUAGAAGUACAAUAUAUAGAAAUAUUGUUUAGUGAAACUAGUCAGCCUUAUCUAUAGAAGGUGCUGGUGAGAAACAGAAUUUUAUUACAUAGGAGAUUGGUAAUUUUUUUUCUUCUUCCAUUCUUUUCUUAUUGGUUUUUCAAACUUCCUUUAAAUUCCUUUUUUUUUUUCACACUUGAAUGAAGGAUUCCCUGGUCAUGGUUAAUUUUCAUAUAUUAGUUUUUGUAAGUGUUACAGACACAGUGCAGAAGUUUCUUCUGGAGCAAGCCCUUAUAAAGUAGCUUGACCUAAAUUAUGAAUCCAAACUUUCUGUUCUUUGUCUCUAAUGAAGAAAAGUGUUUUAGAUUAUAUUUCUUUGGUUUUGUAAAACAAAUGUGUUCUAUAUUUUUGCAGAUUUUAGCUUUUUUACUGAUUGGAUGCUCCAAAUUUAGGAAGGUCUUUGCCACAUAGAAAGCUGUUGAGAGACUAUAAAGAACCACAUACUUAAAAAAGUAAGAAAAAUAACUAAAGGUUUAUUCUGGAACUCUCUGAAUGGCAUAAAAUUUUAUCCUUCUAAUGUACUUCCUUUGAUAGAAGCAAAAUUGGUGCUGUUUAUUGCAAUGGUAGAGAAGUAUUAACUUCUUCUAAAACAAAAUCAUCCAGACUUUAAAAAAAAAAAAAGGAAAAAAAUUUUUAAAAAAGUCAAUAUUUCUUUGCAGGCUGGGAGCACAGAGUAAAACCCCAGGGCCUUAAAACUUCAGCUCUGCCUAAAGCAGUUUACAAAAAAUACUAAACUGCAAUCAAUGUAAAUAAAAUUCUUAGCGCUACCCUGAGACUGGAAAAAAAAAAAUCUCAGGCUAAUAAGGAAUACGGUUUGCAUAUGCUGUCGGAAAGGAUGUCAUCCAACUGAAGUUUCAGUUUAAAUGAGGUCACUGUGUAACUUGGACCCAUCUGGCACAGAGCAAGCUGCUUUUCUUGUUUUUCUAGUAUAGUUCUCACUGCCUUACUUAAAUCGAGUUGAUAAACUUAAUGCAACUGUUUCUAUGAUCCUAGAUAAAGGAUUGAAAUGUUAUUGAACCUUUCUGACUGUAGUAAGCUUUAGGAUUUUAACUGCACUACUGUGUUUGGUGACUGUGUCAGUCGCUUGCUUUGUGUGUUUGCGCCGCCUUCGGUAUCUUAGCAAAAAAAAAAAAAAAACAAAAAAAAAAGAGAGAAAAAAAAAACAAAACCACCCCACACAUUCCAUUUCUUGCACUUUUUGAGCUCUUUCAGUAUUCUUUUGUGUCUUCUGAGCAUUUUCAGAUACGACAGGCAAUAAUUCUGUUUGUGACACUGGAAACAUCUCCCGCUCCUUGUGAUGUGUGUGUUGAUUCCAUUUGGUCGGGUGCUACUGUCCCUUCCUCCCCUCUGACAUAGCCCUUUUUUCCAGAACAUUUGUAACUUGUAAUACAAACAAGUGACAGCAGCAGUGAUGCAUUGUCAGUUUCUGAAUAUCAUCAUGCUUCUCAUAUCUAAACAUGUCAAGUUUUUUCUCUGUAACUUCUGUAGUCUGUGAUACUGGUCAUAAUACUGUCUACAUUCCUACACAAAGAAAAAUUUCUAUCUUGGAGGAAAUCUGAGAUCAAUAGAGUAGAGGAUUUUGUUGCUAUGCUUGUAACAAUUAGAAAACUUUGUAUUUAAAGUUUAUUCUUGGUCAUUAUUUAUUAUUAUAAUACAUCAGUUGACAGAACUUUAUUCUGGUAUAGAAGUAUUAAAAGUUGUUUUUUCAGCAAUGACUGUUUUCUUUCUGCUGUUAGAAUAAAAAUGUCUUUGAAGCAGUACAGUUUUAUCCAGUGUUUUACGCAAUAAAACCUCUACCUCUGAAAAAAAAAAGUUUUCCUACUUGCUUAUGUUUAUUAGGAACAGUUAAAACAUUAUUUUCUUCAGCUUUGUCAGAUUUAAAAAGAAAAAAAUUAAUGCCAGUAAAUUCACAGUUGUUAGGCAGUUACUGGAGUGUAUUAUGCUGGGUGUGUGUGCUCAGUCCACUUAUUAAUCUGAACAAAUCUAUAUACAGUAUAUACAUAUAUAUAUUAUAUAUAUUGUGCUUAAUUAAAAGACUGUGGAAAUCUGUUUUAGCAUGUAGUAAUAAUUGUUUUAUAUACUACUACUUAUGUACUAUAGAAAAAGUCUUGGGGUCUAUCAAGCUUUGAUUUGAAAGUGUUUGAAGUGUGUAUCAUACACUAUGAUGUAUAAAGUCAUGUUUUCACAUUAAAAAAGAUUGUUUGUAUAGAUCAUA